AAGAUUAUAUCGCAUGGUAUCCUAUGUUUAAAGCUCUGGAAUACAUGUUUGGUACUUUUCCAGUGGAAGAAAAACUGAAAAAUUUGCGGAUAGAAUAGAUAAGCUAAAAUUCAUGUUAAACGAGUUACUUGAAAAAAUCCAAUAUGAAGAAAUUGAUGAUGCAGACGAACUUAGAAUAUGUUUACGACAAGAAGCUGCAAGAUGGGCAUGUUUUUUUGGUCACACCAUUUGUAUAGAAAAAGCAAAAAAUAAAUUAGAACAACAUAUCAAAGAUCCUAUAAAACACAGACUUUUGCCAUGGUGGAAGACAUGGACAUAUUGUAGAGGUUUGAUGAUAACUACGAGAGAUGAGACCACUUUUGAAUCAGUGUAUACCAUAGGAGUAAAGAAAGCUGACUAUAAAUUUUCAGAAUACUUGGCUUGCAUUGGAGAUACUGAUUUCAUCAAAUACUAUUUAAGUUAUAAACAGUACAAUAAUACAAAACAGGAAAAUCGAUUUCUCGUUAACACAUUCUUACAUUUUAUUACGAAGCAUGCGAAGAAUCCAAUUAUACUGCAGUAUAUAUUCGAUAAUUUUAACGAAAUAAAACCAAAGUAAAGUGACAUAUUUUUAUAAAUAUUUUGUACAAAAGUUUAUUAUAUGUAUUA